AUGGCUGAUUUGCAGAGGCCUAGUCUCGUGGAAAGGGAUAUUGAUCAGGCCAUUACAGCUCUUAAGAAAGGAUCCUACUUGCUGAAGUAUGGGCGAAGAGGGAAGCCGAAGUUUUGCCCAUUUCGACUUUCCACUGACGAGUCUACAUUGAUAUGGUACUAUGGCAAAGAUGAGAAACAACUUGAGCUACGUCAUGUUUCAAGGAUAAUUCCUGGACAGCGUACUGCAAUAUUUCAGCGGUAUCCUCGACCUGAGAAGGAAUACCAAUCAUUUUCUCUCAUAUAUAGCGACAGAUCCUUGGAUUUGAUAUGUAAAGAUAAGGAUGAAGCCGAGGUUUGGUUUGUCGGUUUAAAAGCUCUAAUUGCACGUGGUGGCUACAGGAAAAUAAAAAAGGAGGCAAAAAGUGAAAGUACAUCAUCAGAUAGUCCACAUGGUCGGAGGGUCUCCCCAUCAAGUUUUUCUUUUUUACCUCAGGAUCAAGGAGAUACCCAACUAUCUGAGAAUCUUUCUCAGAGCAGAUGGGGAAAAGCAUUUGCCGAUAUCAUUACAUACACUGCGACAGCUAAGAGCCCUACACGAGCAGAAUCCAUUACAUAUUCUAUCAACUCACUGCCAGCUGGGGCUGUAGACAACUCAAACGGCCGAAGUUCUGGAGGCGAUACAUUUCGGGUGAGUCUAUCCAGUGCUGUAAGUUCAUCAAGUCAAGGUUCCUGUAAUGAAGAUUUUGAUAGCUUGGGUGAUGUUUUCAUUUGGGGAGAAGGCACUGGUGAUGGGGUGGUAGGAGGUGGUGUGGUUAGAGUUCAUAGAUCAUCUAACACCAAGGUUAACGCUCUCUUGCCUAAGGCAUUAGAAUCAACUAUUGUACUUGAUGUACAUAGUAUUUCUUGCGGUGAUAGACAUGCAGUUUUAGUCACUAAACAUGGGGAGGUAUUCACCUGGGGGGAAGAGAUGGGAGGGAGGCUGGGGCAUGGAGUUGAAGCUGAUGUUUCCCACCCCAAGCUCAUCGAAACGCUUUGUGGCGUGAACAUUGAGAAGGUUGCAUGUGGUGAAUAUCACACUUGUGCUGUUACACUUUCUGGCGAUCUAUACUCUUGGGGUGAUGGUUCUCAUUACUGUGGUUUGCUUGGACAUGGAAGUGAAGCUGGUCACUGGAUCCCCAAAAAAGUGGGUGGUCUCAUCGAGGGGUUACAUGUGUCAUUUGUUUCAUGUGGGCCUUGGCAUACAGCUUUGAUCACUUAUGCAAACCAGUUGUUUACGUUUGGAGACGGAACUUUUGGUGCACUGGGACAUGGAAAUUGUAGUGGCACCAGUAUUCCACGAGAAGUGGAAACUUUAAAGGGAUUGCGGACAGUGAAGGUUGCUUGUGGUGUAUGGCACACUGCAGCAAUUGUUGAAGUAACGAGUAAAUCUUCGAACUAUGGAGAAUCUGAUGGUUCCUUAUCUGGAAAGCUUUUCACCUGGGGGAACGGGGAUAAAUGGCGGCUUGGGCAUGGUGAUAAAGAAUCAAGACUAGUUCCUGAAUGUAUAGAUUCAUUGGUUGACGUAAGCUUUUCUGAGGUAGCAUGUGGGAACAACCUUACUGUUGCUCUGACAACAUCAGGACGAGUAUAUACCAUGGGCAGUAAUGUUUAUGGUCAGCUGCUGAAUCCUGUAGCCAGUGGAAAGACUCCCACUUGUAUAGAAGGUAAAAUUGCUGACAGUAUUGUGGAAGAGAUUGCUUGUGGUUCACAUCAUGUUGCAGUUUUGACAUCAAAGGCAGAAGUUUAUACCUGGGGAAAGGGUUCAGAUGGGCAACUCGGGCAUGGCGAUAAUGAUGACCGGGAUACACCUACUCUUGUCGACUUUCUGAAAGAUAAACGAGCAAAAAGUGUGGCCUGUGGUUCAAAUUUUACUGCUGUUAUAUGUCGUCAUAAAUGGUUAUCUAGUGCUGACAAUUCCAUGUGCUCAGGUUGUCAUAAUCCGUUUAAUUUCAGACGAAUACGUCACAACUGUUACAACUGUGGACUUGUUUUUUGCAAAGCAUGUAGCAGUAGGAAGUCUCUUAAAGCCGCCUUAGCCCCUAGCAUGAAUAAGCCAUAUCGUGUGUGUGAUGAUUGUUUCAACAAAUUACAGAAGGCGAUAGAUCCAGGAUCUGUUCCUCGAAUUCCUAAUGUUAAAAGUGGAGGUACACUAUAUAAGCCCAUUGAAACAACGGAGAAAGAGACUGGGACUUCUCGUUUACUUGGAAAUAUUUCAAGACUCUCUUCUGUUGACUCAUUCAAAUCUGAAAGGAGUUCCUCAUAUAACAUGAGAUAUGAAUCGAACGAUAGCCGUGUGUUCCCUCUUCAGAAUGAAAAUAUUCAUAGGGCAAGCAUUUCGUCAAAAUCUACUGUUAGCCCAUUUGGAAUUUCUAAGAAUUUGACUUCGGUUUCUGUUCCUAGUUCUCGAAUGGUUUCUCGGUCACCAUCUCCUAUUCCAGGAAAGUCAAGCCCUCUGAGGUCUGCCACAGCGUUACCAUAUACAUCAGUUUGCACAUCAGAAGUAACUACUGAGGAUAUAAAGAGUACUAAUGACAGUCUAAGUCAGGAGGUUAAAUAUUUAAAGGCACAGGUAGAAGAAUUCACUAAAAAAUCCCACCUUCUUGAAGCUGAACUGGAAAAAAAAUCAAAGAAACUUAAAGAGGUGACUGCAUAUGCAGCUGAUGAGGCUGAAAAAAGCAAAGCUGCAAAAGAAGUAAUCAAGUCGCUGACAGCACAGUUAAAAGAGAUGGCUGAAAGAGUGCCUAAAGAGCAUAUUGCAUGCAGCAACUUGGAGGCUGAGAAAAUGAUGAACAAUACUGGUCGACUAUCUAAUGGAAGCGGUGUUACCAGCAUAACCUCUCCUAAAACUGAGUCGAGUGACAGGUCAACCCCUUCACCCCUAUCUAAUGGAACCAAAGUGCAGAAGUCAGAGCGGAUAAUACAAGAUGAAACGGGCGUGUACCUGACUCUGGUCUCCUUGCAAAAUGGUGUCAACGAACUGAUACGAGUUCGUUUCAGUCGUAAACUUUUCACAGAAGACCAGGCAGAGAAGUGGUGGGCUGAAAACGGAACAAGAGUAUGCGAGAAACACAACAUUCAAACUGCGACGUAG